UCCGGGCUGGACCUCAGCCUCUCCCCGCCCGGGGCCGCCACCAGUGGUGGCUCCGCAUCUCUUAAGGGGCUCAACUCUUCGCUGGGCCAGCCGGGCGCCGGCUGGAGGAACCCUGCACUACUCCUGCCGGCCAGGGAACAGAACCCCCGAGUUGGAAGCAACUUUCCCUUCUUCCUGGCGCCGUGGUGGCUGGCGGAGCGGGGCCGUCUCAGGUGGCCCAGGCGCCAGCCGUGCGCCCUGCAGCUCCGUGGUUCGCGCCCGUGGGUCCCCUCGCGGGGUGCACGCUGGGGGUCCCCGAGCUCGGCGCGGCGGGCGAGAUGCCCCUGGGACACAUCAUGAAGCUGGAUUUGGAGAAGAUCGCCCUGGAGUACAUCGUGCCCUGCCUGCAUGAAGUCGGCUUCUGCUACCUGGACAACUUCCUGGGCGAGGUGGUGGGCGACUGCGUCCUGGAGCGGGUGAAGCAGCUGCACUGCACCGGGGCGCUGCGGGACGGCCAGCUGGCGGGGCCGCGCUCCGGCGUCUCCAAGCGGCACCUGCGGGGCGACCAGAUCACGUGGAUCGGGGGCAACGAGGAAGGCUGCGAGGCCAUCAGCUUCCUUCUGUCUCUCAUCGACCGGCUGGUGCUCUACUGCGGGAGCCGGUUGGGGAAAUACUACGUCAAGGAGAGGUCCAAGGCAAUGGUGGCUUGCUACCCAGGAAAUGGAACAGGCUAUGUUCGACAUGUAGACAACCCUAACGGGGACGGCCGCUGCAUCACUUGCAUCUACUAUUUGAACAAGAAUUGGGAUGCCAAGCUACAUGGUGGGGUCUUACGGAUAUUUCCAGAAGGAAAAUCAUUCAUAGCAGAUGUGGAACCCAUUUUCGACAGACUUUUAUUCUUCUGGUCAGACCGAAGGAACCCACAUGAAGUCCAGCCUUCUUAUGCCACCAGAUAUGCUAUGACUGUUUGGUACUUUGAUGCUGAAGAAAGAGCAGAAGCCAAAAAGAAAUUCAGGAACUUAACUAGAAAUACUGAAUCUGCCCUCACUGAAGACUGACUGUACUCAGAAACCUGCAAACCUUAUUCAAAUAUUUUAGUCACUAUUCCCAAAUUUUCUUUAAGAGUUGAGUUCCAAAGAUGGCCUCUUCGAAACUUGAACUUACUCCUUGUGUCAUUCACACCCUUGUCUUGCAUAUAUAUGGUACUUUGUGUUUUCUUGUCAAGACUGCAUUGAUCUCCACACACUAUAUCCGAUGGACUCAUUUGCUAACUCCAUACACAUCUGCAGAUGAUCUAGCUGGCUGGUAAUUUCACUGAUAGGUUUGGUAACACUGGCUACCAGAAACGAGUCCAGAAGCACAAAUGAGGGAAUGGAUCUUACUUGCACUUUAUGUACACUUCUUGAUGUGAAAAGAAAAAAAAAAAAAGGUUGACACAUGCCACAGAGAGACAUCAUUGAAGCCUUAAUAGCAGGAAACAUAAAUUUGUGUCAUCUGAACAAUUUCCAGAUGUUGGUGUUUCUGGAGAAUUAACACAAUCUAAUGACCUUAUCUCUGGAAAGGGCUGCUGUCAUGUCCAUUUAUAAGUGUCUGUUAGGAUGGACACUCCUUUUUUUUUUUUUCUUCCCAGUUCUGUAACCUACUCUUUUUAUCUUUGCCUCAUUUUACUGAAAAUGCGAUUUUUCUGAUCAAAGAUGACAACAGCAUUGAUUCUCUAUUUUCAUUUUAACCUGGGGAACCUAAAUUCUCCAGAAGUUGAAACAGGACAUUCAUUAUUUUGUUUUAUUAAAAUGGUAUUUGAAUUUAAAGGAGGGGGAAAAAAAAUAUCUGCCUGGUAGUUUAGAGUCCACAGCUUCUGACAGUGUUCUUGAAAGAUUUGAUAUAUCAAUAAACAGUAGAGAUGUUAGCAUCUUGAACAAUGUAAGAGUGGAGAUUGUGUUAGAAAUGGGGUAUUUUCCUCAAUUUUCUCCCCAGUUUUCUUUUGUGAUGAAUUCACCCUUCUUAGGAAAUGGAAUUAAAAUAAAGCAGAAUCCUGAAAAUGUUGUUUCAGUUUUUUUCUAGUGUCUCUCGCAAUCUCCCUUCAACAAACCCACCUCUCCAGGUCCACUGUGUGCUGGGAAAUGUGUCCAGAAUCACAGGAUCCUACUAAGAGCUACUGAAGAUUCAGCCCAGGCACUGGUGCCUUAAAAGUAUGAAGCACCUGUUUUAUCAAAGUUGGUCUUCCCAGUUUUCAGUUCCACUCUCAUAUUUUUUAAUUCCUUUAAUUUAUUGUUUGAAAAAAUCCCAUAUAUAUAUAUAUAUAUAUAUAUAUAUACAUACAUAUAUAUAUAUAUAUAUAUAUAUGCUAGAAAUAUUUUCUCUUGUCAAUUAUGGGUAUAUACUUUCCAAGAAGAAAGCUUAAUCCCUGCCCCACAAUUUUACAUGAGACUUGUCUUCAUUUUCACAAGUGCUUUUUUUUUUUAAAUCACCUUUUAAUUUACUGUAUGGCUUAUUUAUUAUGUUUGUUGUCUUGUACUCUUCCUUUGGAGUGUAAACACAAUGAAGACAGGACUUUGUGUAUGUUUUUAGUCAAUGGAAUGUAUUCCUUGUACCUAAAACAGUACCUGGCACAUACUUAAGGUCUCAGAAACAACUUGAAUAAACUCACGCAAUUAACUCAGUGCUU